AUGAGUAAUAUUAUUUUAGAAAAAAAGGAACAUUCGAAAAAUUUUAAGAAAUUCAAAAAGGUUGUAAAGAAGAAUGCAAAUGAUAAGACUGAAAAUGUUUAUUCAAAGAAAGGAUAUAAAUCAAAGGAUGAUAUAAAUUUAGUUAACCAUAUUAGCAAUAGGAAAAAAAAUAAUAUCAUGAGUAAAAUAAACAAAACAGCUUCAACAAAAAUUUAUAUUAAUAAAAAAGGUAUUUCUAAUAAUGAAAAUAGAAAUAAUGAAUUAAUUAAAUAUGCUACUGAUAUUAUAUCUUUAUUUGAUAAUAAUAAAGAGGAAGUAAGAAACGAAAGUGACAACAAUUUGAAUAUAGUUUAUAAAAAUCAUGAAGAAAUUGGAGCUUUUUCAAAUAAGAAUAUAAAGAAUACAUCAGAAACGUUAAAUUGUUUCAAUGAAUCAAAACAGAUAAAUUCCUUUGAAUUUUCUUUAGAAAUAAAUAAUGAAAAUAAUUAUCAUUUAUCAAAACAUGUAAAGGAAUUAAUAAAUUAUACGAGUAACUCUGAGCCAUAUUUUAGUGACACCGAAUUUAUUUCUGAAAAUAAUAAAAGUAAUAAUAAAUCAAAUGAAAGAACGAAAAAGAAGAAAAUGACAAAGUUCAAAGAAACGUUUAAAAACAAAAAAUAUAAAAAGGAAAAAGAAAAUAUAAUUAUUGAUUAUAAUACAGAUAUUAUAUAUAAAAAUUUAGAUAAUUUAAAAUCUUUAUACCAAGGAGUACAUGAAUCAACAUCUUUCUGUAUGACGAAAUUGAUGAAUAGUAGAAUACAUGUUCAGAAAAAUAUAGCAAAAUAUGAUGAUAUCUUAUCAGAACAUAGUGAGAAUAUAUUAAACAAAUUUGAUAUCUUCAUUGAAGAAGAUGUGAAAGAUGUUCAUGAGUCCAGAUCUGUUUAUAUUGAUCAAAUAUGCGAAUGUUUUACUUACAUUAUGUCUAUCACAUUAACCAAAUGA